AUGACAUCGACAUCUAAGCAGCCGGCAACCCGCGAGACGCAACAACGGCCUGAACCACAGACACCAGCAGCAGGCUUUAUAUCAACGCGAGAACAGCACAAGAGCUCUCCAAGGCCGGCCACCGCCACUGCUACCGUGUUGAAGAAACGGGUUGUGAGGUGGCUGCCAGGCCUGUCCCGAUCCCUGCCCGCGCCUGCAGCUCCACCGGCGCCUCACUUCGUCCUCCCAGGCAGCAUCCAGCAUCAGCUCUUGUCCUCCGCCAUCUCGUACGGGAUAUCUCUUCUUGCCUGGUUCGUGUGCUCCUCCGUAUCCCCAUCCGGUCUCCGUUUGGCCCAUCCCGUCGCCCUUCUGCCUGCUCAUCCUUACCUCUGGCCACCAUCCCAGGCAUUAGUCGAACUUCGCCGCUGCUGCCUGCUUGAUCUGACCCAUAUACGGGAGUAUAUAUCUUCUCACUUCUUCCUCAUGGCCGGCUCAGAGCCUCUCCAGUCUCCCUCGACCUCCAACUCAGCCUCAACCUCUACCUCCUCUACUGCUGACGGCUCCAAACGAGAUACUCCUGCAGCUACCCUGACACCUUCCACACCCUCUACAACAUCAGCUAUACCGGACGAUACCGCCAAGAUGGCUGACAAGGGUGACAACCUUGAGAUCAAGCAAAAGGAGCGGACGGCAGAGAACCUGGCUGCAAAGACGGAGGUGAACCCUCCCCUGGCCACGGACGGCACUGCUGCUGCAUCCAAGAAGCAGUCUGCCUGCAAGAAACACAGCAGCCACACACGUCUCAAGUCAGACAAGACCAAGAAGAGCAAGCAAAAGAAGAAGAAGCAGCACAAGAAGGACGAGACAGACAGCUCGUCAAGUGAUAGUAGUAGCACCGACAGUGAAUCUGAUGAUGAAAAUGAUACCUCGGAUUCAGACUCGUCCAGCUCAGACAGCUCAGAGUCAGACUCCUCAGACUCAGAUUCAGACCAGAAGAAGUCGAGAAAGAAGAAGAAGAAGGCCAAGGAACGCACGAGACGGAUAAAGGAGAAGAAGAAGGCCCGUGCUCGCAGACAGGAGGAAACAGAAGACUCGUCCGACAGUGACGACGAAGACUCAUCAGAGGAAGACCAGACAAAGAAGCAAAAGGAGAAGCAGAAGGCGGCAAAGAAGAGAGCUAAGAAGUUGCUCAGGAAGCAGCAGGCGGAGCUCGAGGAGGAUGACGAUGUUGAAGCUAUCAAUAACGGUCUCGUACGGGAUCAGCAGCAGAAGCUCGCCCAGCUUCAACAGCUUCAGCUCCGGACGGGGAGACGAAGAAUAGCCAGGCGUGGGUUUGUGGAUCCGGUGGCCGUUGACUCUUCUACAAAGCGUCAGCUCAAGGUCAAGGGAAAGAAGAAGAAGAGAGCCUCCAAGGUGGCUUUUAAGCGAGUUGAUCAGCUGUGGGAUAAUACGAUUCACAACUACAAACUGACGGAGACGGUAAAGGACCCUGGUGCUGAUGAAUGGGACCAGUACAUCUUCACCGUCCGCCGCAAAUUCGACUGGGAGAACAGAUACACCGAUACCGUCGUCGAUAUCAAGAGUAAACCUCUGAGAGAUGCCCUCGCUCACAUCAUGGAUGGCGUCAAGGGUGUCAGUCUCGUCCAGGACACCCCCGUCCUCGACCCAAAUCUUCUCUUCCUAUACCUUGAGGAAACAAGGGCGUACAUGCACGAGCUCAAGGCGCAGGCCAAGGCGGAGAAGAAAAAGAAGAAUAAGAGGAAGACUGCCACCAAAGCCGCUCAUCUGAAGAUCCUCGUCAAGUACCUGGACAGGGACUACGCGGAAACCAAGAACGCACUCUACCCACUCCUUGACAACAAUACAAUCACCUACGACCUGCUAUGGGCUCUAUUCAAACCCAAUACGAUCGCCUACACACAAACGUACGGCACUCCGGACGAGCCGCGCGCCUUUAAGAUCGAGUACGCUACCAAGGAGUCCUCUUUCAUGCGAGGACAGUGGUACUCUAUCGAAGGCCGAUAUCUCGAGUACGACGGCAAGUCUUUUGGUAUGGGCACCAUGUCUACCGAGGUAGACCACUUCAAAGGACCUCGUAAGAUCUCCAGCUUAGCCUGCUACCCGCUCAAAUACCACCGUGACCCCGAAGCGUUGCAGGAGCAGCUUAUAGAGCGCGGUAAGAAAUUCGUUGCUCUCCAGGGAAUGAACUACCGAUUCCACAAGGGUAUGGCGUUCGUCAAGCGUAAACGGAACAUUAUCAAGGUCAAUAUCAAUGGUCGUAUCAUGGUGGACCCGGCAUUGCAUCGACGCAUCAAUCCCAAUUAUGCCAUCAGUACCGUCAAGCCCAAGGAGCCCGACUUGCUGAUGGAAGCAGAUGGUGGAGAUGAUAGCGACGAUUGCUGCUGCGGAUCCGAUUCUGGCUCAGAGGGCGGAGAUGGUAACCGGGAAGACUCAAAGCCAAAAACUCGCCUAAAGAUCGUCCAGGACAAGGAAGGAAAGACGCAUGUCGUUGCGAUGGAAUAUGAUGAGAAUGGCAACGAAAUCACCAAGGAAGACAUCGCCAAACUUGGUGAUGGCCAAUCCAGCGAAACUGUCGAAUACGAAUUCACCCAAGAAGAACUCCUGAUUGCUUCGCCGGUGGUUCUAGGAUUCGCAUUCAGUGAAAAGCUGUGGCUUGAAUUCACCGUCUCGGGCAUCACAGAAAUAGACUGGAACUCAGGAGCCUUUGACUCCCUCGUGCUGCCUGACAACCAGAAGUCGAUUGUUAAAGCGCUUGUUGAAUCACAUACUUUCCACACUGCUGAAAACAUCGACGACGUCAUUCAGGGUAAAGGUAGGGGACUAGUAGCUGUCCUCCAUGGUCCACCCGGAACAGGCAAAACGCUCACUGCAGAGGGUAUCGCCGAACUUCUCAAACGGCCGCUCUACAUGGUCAGUGCUGGCGAGCUUGGAACCGAUUCCCGCACCCUUGAAGGCGAACUCAACAAGAUUCUUGACAUCGCUCACUCAUGGGGUGCCGUACUUCUGCUAGACGAGGCAGACGUGUUCCUCGAGAAACGAACUAUCCAAGAUAUCCACCGUAAUGCGCUCGUCAGCAUUUUCUUACGUCUUCUCGAAUAUUUCCAAGGUAUUCUGUUCCUGACCACCAAUCGUGUGGAGACGUUCGACGACGCUUUCCAAUCUCGUAUACAUGUCGCUCUGCGUUACGGAGAUCUAACCACCAAGGCCAAACGUUCGGUUUGGAAAAUGUUCCUCGACCGUGUGCAGACCAAGGACGGGCUGGAGGUCGUUAAGUUCUCUGAGAAAGAUUUCGAUACCCUUGCUAGACAUAACCUUAAUGGCCGACAGAUCAAAAACUCGGUGCGUACGGCACAGGCUCUGGCCCUAAAUGAGAAAGUCGCGCUGUCAAUGCAGCACAUUAUGCGCGUUUUGGACGUAGCGGAGACGUUUGAGCAGGAUCUCAAGGGUGGAACGGGCUACAUGGAUGCUAUGAGAAGUUACACUUAG